GGGAACUCAAAAGGCGACGGACAGAAGAACAAUCUCAUUGGAUGGAUCAUUUCCGGCGGGAUUUUCAGAAAAAAGACUAAUUAAAAACGGCGGCUAAAGUAAUGUACAAGAAUCACAGAAACCAGAUGAAUGGGAAGAGAUCCUUUGUUAUUGCCUCAAUAUUAUGUCUUCAUGACACUUGUUUUCUAUAUCCAGCUUGUCACAAAUGUGGAUCUCGAUUACUUUUAAAUUUUGGCAGGUUCCAUUGCCCAAAGCCUGCCUGUGUCUCCACAGCACAGAAUACAAAUUACAGGUACAGACUUUCUGUUAAAGUUGCCGGGAAAAAUGACAUAUUUAAUAUUACUGUCUUCGGGAGUUGUCUCGAACCUUAUUUUGGAACAACAGCAGGAUGUCUACACAGAUACUGUGAAGAUUUGAAGAAAUUGCAAGAGCCAGAGGGAGAUAAAGUUCAGGGUUUGCUCGUCCAGGCUGUGGAACACUGCUUUAUUGGAAGAAGCUUUAUCUUCGGAGUGAAGGCAUCUGAAUUUCUACCUGACAUGCUGUCAUCUUCUCCGAGUCCUUUACAAACUACCAUCAACAAGAGUAGACAUAAAAAGCACCUGGUAGCCUGCCAGAUUGCAGUGCCAAACACUGCAGUCUAUGGAUGUACUGUUAUCAAUUAUUACAAGAAGUUGUUGGAUUCAGGCAGUAUCCAAGAUAUGUCCUCCAUUUCACUGCUAUCUGGUAGUCCUUUCAUUACUGUUGACCAAUCCAGUACCAUGAUCAAGAGCUUGACAAGUUUGUUGUCUGGUAACACUCAAUCUUUCACACAGUUGAAUUAUGCUAACCGCUUGUCAAACCCUUGGCUACAGGAUUUUACGCUUGCUUUAACCUCUGUUGAUUGUAUUACUAUUGAAGAGUUUUCAACAGCAGAAACUACCAGGGUUGGUUCAAAAUGGAGCAUCAGCCCCCCUUACCAUGUAGAGGAGGCAAACCAGAAUAGGAACUGUGAUAAAAGUACCUCGUCAGCUUUUCCUACUUCAGCUUCUCAUAAUGACAGUGAUAUCAAUAACUGUAGUACAAACGCAAUGGUGAAUCUCCCAUCUAGUUUGGGAGUACUAAGGUUACCUAAUAAUGACUCUACACGUCAAUAUUAUAGAAUCAGCUUUGAUGAGUUACAGGAAGGCUGCCUCAAGUCAAGUUUCUGUAUGCAGAGAUGUUACAUGCAUAAGCCUGGGGACUUAUUGACUAAUGGCAAAGGCAGUGAUGAGUUCCAAUCUGUUGAUAAAUCUUACAGCCUACUAGACGAUAGCAUGGAUUACAAUGACUCUAAAUUAUGGGAUGACUUGCUGUUUUCAGAAAGCCUUGGUGAAUUUAUAGCAAAAGUGGAAGCAAAUCAACAAAGAUGUGAUGAGAAAGUUGCAUUGUUCACUUGUGUGGCUGCUGUUGAUGGUUCCAUACAUUCCUGCAAUUUGGAAAAGCUAGAAACUGAUAACCUUCUGAAUGGAACUCGAGAGCAGAAUUCCAGAAUCAGAGAAGUGUGUACAGAUUCUACUAACUGCAAUUUAACUGGGACCAAAGAAAAUGAUUGUGCUGCUUCUAACAAUCCAAAGGGUCUUUUAAAUAAGAUAGUGGAUGAUUUCAAAAGUGAUAAUGUCAUAGGAAAGGAGGUACCUCUAGCAACAGCGUUACCAUUGUCAUCAGUUGAUGGUUCUAUUUCUAGUGAUAUGCACAUUCCCAAUCAGGAGGCAAUUUUACAGAUUUGUGAUACCUUUGUGAACCCUGUGAGUGCAGAUAAUUGCAGCAACAAACAUGCUCAGACAUGUGAACCAAAGCUGCACAACUUUGAGGAGGAGCAAAUGAGUGAAUAUUCAAGUUAUCUGUCUGAACAUAAAGCUACUGAAGUUAACACGCUCACAGAUCCCUUGUACACUACAAAUGAGACUUAUGUACUGAAUAAUAUUGAUUUUCAAACUGCAUUUCCUUCUGCGAAACAACUUGUAAAAAUGAAGAAAAAAAUUGACAAUGAGUUUCAAGAUCAAACAUGCAUUAACGGAUGCAAUGUCAAUAAAUGUGACAUUAAACCUGCAAGUAGAUCUCAAUUGUCAUCGGCUUUGAACCUCUACAAAAACAUCUCUUUCCAAAAUAUGUGUAUCAGUCCCACUGAGCAAGAGUAUGAUGUUUCUGGAGAUCUCUUCAAUGACACAGGAGGUGAUAAAGAGGAAUCAUCAAUAUGUCUCAAAACAAACCUGUGCAUUUUAUCUAAACCAAAAUCUACAUCUAAAGCAUUCAAUAAGACUAACUGUAAGCUCAGUGAGCAACAGUGCAAUAUUUCCCCAUGUUGUUUAAAUGGAGCUGCUGAUGCUGAGAAAAAACAAAACAAUAAUAAUUCUCCAGAGAAUGAUACACUAAGCUUGUCUGAGCAUGACUUUUCAGACUCACAGGACUUUGUUCCAUUUUCUCAGUCUACACCUGUUUCAAGAUUUCAAAGUUUAAAAAUUUUCAGGGGGAGAGAAACUAAAGCUCUUAAAAUGUCACCCUAUGUUAGGCUAAGUCCAAGUCCAGCUGCUUUUAAACAAAGGCAAAAUGGUCAACUUAAGCAACAAUUGCUUCAAAUCCAAAAUGUGUUACAACAGCAAUCUGGGAGCAAUCAAACCUCUGUUUCAUUAAAUUCCUCUUCAUUAAGCAACAGUCCAAUUAGCAAAUCUUAUGAGAGGGACUCUGAUGAAUGGAUUCCACCUUCAACAACCAAAACUCGAAUCAUGUCAUCACAUUUAUCUUGUGCCUUUAAUAUAAACAAAUCACGAGGUGUUAAACUAUUUACACAUGUGUCAUAUGCCAAUGCUGCUAUGGAAACUGCUGAUUCCAAGGCUACAACAGAGGGCAACAAAGAGAAUGACAGUAGCAACCAAUGCAGGGGCAACCUAUACAUGAAAAGGCCACCUGCAGGAAAGCAUACCAAACCAUCAUUACAGCAAAAAGUAUUCAACUCAACAAAGGUUCUUCUGAACAAAACAGAGAAACUCAGGCCUCUUGUUUCUAGUGAAAUUCAGAUUAGGAAAGGUUUAAAAGUGAAUGACUGCACCCCAGCUGCUUUUCAUUCAUUUCAUGUAAAGAGUGAGGCACCAAGUUGUUACUCACCAGAACUAUUUUAAGCAAGAACUGAGAUUUUUGAAGAUGAGUGCCAAUUGCUUGGGAAAAAAAAAGUUUCUGGCCAGUGCAAAACUAAAAGAAAACUAUGAUGUUUUUCUUUUCAGUAAGGGAGAAAAUGAGUUAUUGCUAAAGGCACUUUGUACUACUUGUAAUUCCGAGGUAGGAGGUGAAUUUCUCCCUAUUGUCUGCAGCAGAAGAGCAGUGAAAACCCUGAAGAAACUUUUACAGCAACAAAGCAGGACUCUGUAGAAAUUCACCCCAUGGUGUCCCUUUUGAUCAGCCCGUUAAUUCUUUAUAUUAAAAGAAUAUCUGAACCAUCCAAGCAUGCAGCAAGUACUGUCUUAAAGGAAUUUUUGAUGAACCCUUAGAAAAGAUGCUUCGUUCUUCUUUAUGAUGUUUUCUUGAUUUCCUUCCAAACUGUUUGAAGUUGAUUGGUUGUUGGCAAAAACGUUUUUUUUAGAUCUGGAUAGCUGGGGAUUGGGCCUGUGAUUGGCAAAUUACAUUUAAAAACCAAAUUGCAAUUAUAUUGUGCCUUUAAUUUUGUAAUAUAUCCAAAGCCAUUCCACAGGAGCAGUAUCAACAAGACAGUAAGGCAGAUGACCAAAAGCUUUGUCAGAGGUGGGUUUUAAGGAGCAUCUUAAAGUAGGGAGGCUCAAGGGAGGAAUGCCAGAGCUUAGAGACGAGGUAGCUAUAGAUUUGGCUGCUAAUAGUGGCAAGUUUAAAAUCAGGAAUGCACAAAAAGUCAGAACUGGAGCAGCACAAAUAUUUUGGAGGGUUGAUUGACUGGGGAGGUUACAGGGAUAGGGAGGGGAGAGACCAUGGAAGGAUUUUGAAAACAAGGAUGAUUUAAUGGAAUUAUUAAAAUUUAAUUUAGAAAAGUGCAGUGUUAUGUAUGUGGGCCGAUUUAAAGUAAAACAUCUAAACAAAGGAAAGAUCCUUUUGUUUUAGUACAGCAAUCUAUUACGAUCCAUGAAGUUAUAGCUAAAGCUAAUAGGAUGAUGGUGUUUAUUAACAGGACAAGUCACUAUAAAGCAAAGCAUACCCUUUUGCCCCUGCAUACAUAAUACCUUGGUUUGGUCUUAGAAUGUCUUUCUUACAGUCUCCUGAUGUUGUGAGUGAUAUUGAAAGGGUGCAGAGGAGGACCACGAGAUUAAUUCCCAAUUUAGAACAUCUCAGUUUGCCAGAUAGGCUAAAAGAGCUGGAUCUUUUUAAAGUGGCAAGUAACAUUUGUGUCACACAAUGGACACCUCCAACAAGAGAGCCUAACCACCCCACCUUGAAAUUCAGCGACUAUUAGUAUCACUACUUCUCCUACUAAUUAAUUCCUGAUCUUAGGCAGUAUCUCCCAAAACUGUAGUCUCCUCCUCCACCAUCUAGAAGAAUAAGGGAAGCAGAUGCUUAAGAAACCAACACCUCCAAGUUACACCUACCCACCCAUCACCCCCUCCCCAUCUACCAUCAUAACUUUGAUAUAUAUCGCUGUCCUUUUCUGACCACUCAGUCAAAAUCCAGAAACUCCCCACCUAACAGCACUGUGGAACUACAUUCACCACACAAACUGAAGAGGUUCAAGAAGGAGCCACUAUUCCCUUCUCAAGCAAAUAAGAAUGGAUAAUAAAUACCAGCCAUAACCAGUAAUGUCCACACCCCAACAAUUUUUUUAAAUUCGAUGAACUAGAAUGAUUAAAUGACAUGCAGAACUCAAAUUUCUGUCAUUAAUUCUGCAAGUUACUGAUGUUUAUUCUAGGGUGUAGGUGAAUUAGUUUUUCCUUAAAAUAGGUUAAAGUAUUUCCCACAAGGUGGCAGCAGAAACAUGUGGAGUAUCAUUCUAAUAAAAGAAGUAUGGAAAUUCAAAUGUAAUAUUAUGUCAAUAAAAUGUCACUAAUCGGUGUUUUUGUUGUACAGCAUAAUAACUGGAUCAGCACAGCUCAGACCUUCCCGUUUUACCACACUCAAAGGUUCAAUGGUUAAAACACCUUCCUUGGAAAUAGUGUUCCUGAGUUCAAAUUGCAGCAGUGCUAGCAGCUAAUGCUUGUCUUCAUGUUUUGGAUAGAAGAGAAAAAAUGUGCAGGACUAUGGAGAAAGGGCUAAGUUUUUGCAGAGCUCUAGAAUGGACACACUAGGCUGAAUGGCCAUCUUCUGUUCUGUAGCCAUUCUACGAUAAGUAACAGCUACUACUAUCUGAUUACAAAUAAAUAUAAGUAAUAUUAGAUUGUCCUGGCCAAUUUACCUCUCAAUGUGGAGUCUUUAUGAUCGGGCAAUGCCCAUUUACAAAAGUAUUACACCAAUAGGUUCACCCUCCCAGAAAUUACUUUUUCACACUUAACUUCCUUGCGCGUUGGUGCUUAUGAUUUUAAAGUACAAAUAAAUACUGCAUUUCAAAACCAGUGGAUGCAACCUGGCAAAACAAGCUCUUACGCACUGGCCAAAUGAUACCCUUCCAACUACCAACACAAUUUUCACCUUACCCAGCAUGAUAUGCACCACUAUCUCCAAAUGAAUUGUGCAGACCUACACAAUGAAAACUCCAUCUCGCAACACAAAGACCAUCUUCAAAGAAAGGAAAAGUAUAAACUGCAGAAAGUUAACAGAAGAAUGAAUGUCACCAUGUUAAUCCCAAGAACUGCACUGCUUGCUUCACCGUUAAAUAGGACACUGCCCCCAAAAUGUAAACAACUACUGAUGAUCCCCAUUACUGUCCCUGCCUUAACUCAUUUACUGAAACCCUCAUCCAUGCCAUUGUUACUUCCAGGCAUCAUUAUUCCAAUGCUCUUUCAGUCAGCCUCCCAAAUUGCGCUCUCCAUAAACUUGAGCUCAUCCAAAACUGCUCCCUGUAUCCUAAGUCACAUCAAGCCCUGUUACGCAUCACACCUGUGUUUGCUUAUUUACAAUGGCUCCUGGUUUGGCAAAGCCUCUAUUUUAAAAUUCUUAUUCCUGUUUUCAAAUCCAUCUAAGGCAUCGCGCUUCCCUGCCUCUAUAACUUCCACUAAUCCUAACCCUUCCAAGAUCUCUGCAUUCCUCCAAUUUUGGCCUCUUGCACUUCCCUUAAGUUCAUCACUCCAUGAUUGGUGGACGUACCUCCAGCUGCCUAGACUUUAAGCUCUGGAAUUCCCUUCCUUAACCUAUCCACUCUCUACCUCUCUCUCCUCCUUUAAGACCCUCCUAAAAAUCUAUCCCUUUAACCAUAUAACCAGUCCUAUAUCGCUUUAUGUGGGAUUUGUGUCAAACUUUGUUUGAAUAAGCUCUUGAAGCACCUUAGAAAGUUUUACCACAUUAAAGGGGCUAUAUAAAUGAAAGUUGUUGAAUUUCACUGUUAAAAUUAAAUCAUCAGUUUAUGAAGGUCACUGCCAGAUUCAGAUGAGGUUUAUAAUACAAACAACUUUUGUUUACACAUUUUGAUCUCGCCUUAAUUUCUUAGCUCUGUAAUUAUAUGCAAUCUUACAAUGCCAGACAUCAGUGUAUUUUUGCAUAUGGCGAGCAAGUAUUUCCAAUCAAUAGGAAUGUCCUUGCCAGGCUGAAUUGGACAUGUGGGAGUAUGAGGGCAUCUCUUCCCUAAUCUGGUCUCCAUCAGGAACUUGUCCUGUGUGAAUUUCCAAUUGGCCUUUAAUGUCUGUGUAUAAUAUUACUGAGGAAGUUUCUGUUCUCUGAUUUUCUACCUCCUGGAGCACUGAUUUCUACUUCCUUUCCGAGUAUCCAUCGUCAUGGGGAGCCUUGGAUAGCGAACAUCAGCAGGUUAUUCACCUGAAACAGAAUGUUUUCUUUCUUCCACACUAUAGCACCUCAACUCCUUAUUGAAUACCAAUCAGUUAGUUAACUAGCCAUGGACCAAUUAUCAAUUGAGAAAAGUUUAUUUAAAUUACGGUAUUUGUGCAAGACAUGGUCAGAUACAUUUGAAGCAAUGUUCUGAACUUUUAACAGUAAAAAUGUGUAGGUCAUUGUUUUAUAAGAAAUCCUUUCAUUGCUUUGUACUUAAACUGAACAUACAGCACUGAAUAAAGAUUAUCAAAAACAA